UAUCCGCCGCACUUAGUUAUAUCCGCCCGCUCUCAACGGACUCUUCGAGGCUUACUCUCUCCAACUCUUCUUUCUUCUUUCUUCCUCCAAAAACGAAAAAACCAUUUCCCACUCCCUUCUCUUCAGAUCUUCUUCUUCUUCACUUCUUCUUCCUCAAUUCCCCAUUUCGAUCUCGAAAUGCACUCCUCAAUCUCCCUCUCAAUCUCCUCCUCUUCACUCACCCCUCUCAGAUCAAAUUCCCCCGCUGAUUUUGCCCCCAUCAAUCUCCGUUUCUGCGGCCUCAGGCGUGAAGCCUUUGGGUUUUCAUCCCUUAAACGUUCUCAUUUCAACAGACUUCAUAUCUCCGUUGCUUCCAGUUCCAGUAGGAAGGUUUCUGCUGCUCUCUCUGCCAAUGGAAGUCCCUCCAAGUUUGACUAUGAUUUGCUUAUAAUUGGAGCUGGUGUUGGUGGCCAUGGUGCUGCGCUUCAUGCUGUUGAGAAGGGUCUGAAAACUGCCAUUGUAGAGGGAGAUGUGGUGGGUGGAACUUGCGUAAACAGAGGAUGUGUUCCUUCUAAAGCUCUUCUGGCUGUAAGUGGUAGGAUGCGGGAACUUCAGAAUGAACAUCACUUGAAGGCUUUGGGUUUGCAGGUAUCAGCUGCUGGAUAUGAUAGACAAGGAGUGGCUGAUCAUGCCAAUAAUCUUGCUUCAAAAAUCCGUAGUAACUUGACCAACUCAAUGAAAGCCCUCGGAGUGGAUAUAUUGACAGGCGUUGGUACAAUUUUGGGCCCUCAAAAGGUGCAGGUUGGUUCUGACAAAAUAGUUACUGCAAAAGACAUAAUUAUUGCUACCGGUUCUGUCCCUUUUGUUCCUAAGGGCAUUGAAGUUGAUGGGAAGACUGUUAUUACCAGUGACCAUGCACUAAAACUGGAAUUUGUUCCUGACUGGAUUGCCAUUGUCGGGAGUGGCUAUAUUGGCCUUGAGUUCAGCGAUGUGUAUACUGCUCUUGGAAGUGAGGUUACCUUUAUUGAAGCACUUGAUCAACUCAUGCCUGGAUUUGAUCCCGAGAUUGGAAAAUUGGCCCAGAGGGUUCUAAUAAAUCCACGGAAAAUUGAUUACCAUACUGGAGUAUUUGCAUCUAAGAUUACACCAGCAAAGGAUGGGAAGCCAGUCACUAUAGAGCUUAUAGAUGCAAAGACUAAGGAACUUAAAGAUACUCUAGAGGUAGAUGCAGCAUUGAUUGCAACUGGAAGGGCUCCAUUCACCAACGGUCUUGGGUUAGAGAAUAUCAAUGUGGCCACACAACGUGGUUUCAUUCCUGUUGAUGAGCGCAUGAAAGUGAUUGAUGCAAAUGGAAAACUGGUUCCUCACGUGUACUGCAUUGGUGAUGCAAAUGGGAAGAUGAUGCUUGCUCAUGCAGCCAGUGCACAAGGCAUUUCGGUGGUUGAACAAGUUACUGGAAGGGAUCACGUGCUCAAUCAUUUAAGCAUCCCUGCAGCUUGUUUCACUCAUCCUGAAAUUAGUAUGGUUGGGCUAACAGAGCCUCAAGCCAGGGAAAAAGCCCAGAAGGAGGGAUUUGAAGUAAGUGUUGCCAAGACGAGUUUUAAGGCAAACACAAAGGCCCUUGCAGAAAAUGAAGGAGAGGGUCUAGCCAAGCUAAUAUAUAGACCCGACAAUGGAGAGAUCCUUGGGGUUCAUAUUUUUGGAUUGCACGCUGCCGAUCUUAUCCAUGAAGCAUCAAACGCAAUAGCCCUAGGAACACGUAUUCAGGAUAUUAAAUUAGCGGUUCAUGCACAUCCAACCCUGUCUGAGGUGCUUGAUGAACUAUUUAAAUCAGCUAAGGUCGAAGCUCAUGUUUCGAGCGCAGUAAGUGAACCGAUCGCAGUGUAAGCUUCUCCACGCUCAAAGCCUUCUUUUUUGAAGAUUUUUGCUUUUGUUAGGGAGUUUCGAGAAAUGACACGAUUUCUAGAUGGAGCGAUCAGCAGGAACAUCAAAAAACUGGAAGAAACAACCAAGUCUUGAGAGAAUUAGCAGAUGUCGUACGGUUGGUUUGGUCCAAAAUAUUUUAGUAUCGUUUUUAUUCUUACAUUAUUGAUUUAAUCCAUCCCUUGCAAAUGGAACAUAAAUUGGCAGUUGCUUCCUCUUUUAGAUGCUUUUUGGUCUGUGGUUUUGGACAAAGUAAUUUAUCAAUACAAAGCCAUAUAAGUUAUAAUUUUAUAGCUGACAGACA